AUGUACGCGGCUGUAAGCACCCAGCCUGACGUGGCUUUCGCCAUCUUACGGCUUGCACGUUUCUUGUCAAACAGAGGUCCCAAACACCAUGAAGCUGCCAAGAAAGUUUUAUGUUACCUCAAACGCCACCUGUCAAAAGACGCCUCCUUUGCAGAUAAUACACUCGACCGUAAGAGCUCGCAAGCGUACAUCAUGACGCUUUACGGAGCAACGAUAGGAUGGCAAGCAAACAAGCAGGAUAUGGUCACAACAUUAACUACGGAAGGCGAAUGUGUGCUUCGAUUGCUUCUUGAGUUGGGAAUACAAUUUAAGACACCUGCUCUUCACGUUUUCUGUAAUAACAAACAGAUGUUAGAGCUGCUGGAGAAAGAUGCUCCACUACUAUGUACGAUGUUCCGAUAUGUUGAUAUUCAUAACCACUGGGUUCGACAAGAAGUUUAAAAAGAGGAUAUUGAAAUUCAUUACAUGCCAACAAAAGACUCACCAGAGCUCUCAGCAAAUAAGAAAUUAAACUUUCCUUCA